GGGACGCGGGUUGGAGCCCUGGUCCAGGAAGAUACCACAUGCCACGGAGCAACUAAGCCUGUGCGCCACAACUACUGAGCCCGCGUGCCACAACUACUGAGCCUGCCCUCUAGAGCCCACGAGCCACAACUACUGAAGCCCGUGCACCUGGAGCCCGUGCUCCGCAAGAGAAGCCACCACAAUGAGAAGCCUGCACACUGCAACGAAGACCCAACGCGGCCAAAAAUUUUAAAAAUAAAUUUAUAAAAAAAAAAGAUACUUAAAUUACUGAUUCUGUCACUUUGUCUCUCCAUAAAUAAUUCGCCAAAAUGACCAACACAAAGGGAAAGAGGAGGGGUACCCGCUACAUGUUCUCUAGGCCUUUUAGAAAACAUGGAGUUGUUCCUUUGGCCACAUACAUGCGAAUCUACAAGAAAGGUGAUAUUGUAGAUAUCAAGGGAAUGGGCACUGUUCAAAAAGGAAUGCCCCACAAAUGUUACCAUGGCAAAACUGGGAGAGUCUACAAUGUUACCCAGCAUGCUGUUGGCAUCAUUGUAAACAAACAAGUUAAGGGCAAGAUUCUUGCCAAGAGAAUUAAUGUGCGUAUCGAGCAUAUUAAGCACUCUAAGAGCCGAGAUAGCUUCCUGAAACGGGUGAAGGAAAAUGAUCAGAAAAAGAAGGAAGCCAAAGAGAAAGGUACUUGGGUUCAGCUGAAGCGCCAGCCUGCUCCACCCAGAGAAGCACACUUCGUGAGAACCAAUGGAAAGGAGCCUGAACUGUUGGAGCCCAUUCCCUAUGAAUUCAUGGCAUGAUGGGUGUAAAGAAAAUAAAAGACCUGGACUGUGUAAAUGUUUCUCUUAAUUGGGUAGAAGUGUAUGACCCCCUUCCCCAAACAAACAUUUAAAGCACAUUUUAAUUGUGUCCGAAUUCAGUGGGUGACAUCUUUUUACUUUUCAAAUUUAGUGAUUUUUCUUCCUGAAAGAUGUGAGGUAGUUUGUUGUGCAGUAUACUCCACUGGUUAAUAAACUGCUAGAUAUUAUAAAAUA